GAUCCUCUGGCACUGAAAAUGUUGUGGGAGUUUCCUUUAAGGUUACACAAUGUUUAAAAUGACUCGUGAGCUUUGUAUAUAAACAGCUGUCAGGAUCAACAGAAAUCAUCAGAUCAUCUGCUCUUCAAGUUUACUAUCAGACUACAAUUAUUCAAAUCUCGUUUUGAAAAUGGCAACAACUGUGGGUUUAAUCGGUGGUAAUGGAGGUGAAGAGUUUUCCUUCACUGGUGAGAAUAAUGGUGCCAGUUUAGAGAAGAUCUGGGUUUGGGUUGUAGAUUCAAGGGUGAAGGCGGUCAGGGCCUGGCUUACAGACGGAACAGACAAAACCUUUGGUAAUACGGACGGAUCAUAUCAAGAGUAUAUGUUUCAGCCCGGUGAGCUCAUCACAUCAUUGUCUCUGUGGGGAAACGGAAUGGGAACGCGUCUCGGAGCCAUCAAAUUCAAAACCAACCGUGGGGGGGAAUUCUUUGCGAAGAUGACAAGCUGGGGAUUGAAGACAGAAUAUCCUAUGAAUGUUGGCUCUGGAUUUUGUCUGGGCAUUCAGGGAAGAUGUGGAUCAGACAUCGACAGCAUGGGUUUUGUGUUUCUCAAUAAAAUACAAUCACUAGUUCUUACCAAUGUCAAGUAUCCCACUCUUUCUGAGAUGACACCGCAGGUAGUAGUGGAAGAAAUUACAUCUAGUUCCUAUAAGAAUGAAACCUCCACCAGUCAAGAGCAAACCAUUGAAAGCUCAAAGAAAAUAACCAAAACAUCCUCAUGGUCUAACACAACAAGCCUUUCCACAACAUUCUCUAUGGAGGUGACGGCCGGGAUUCUCGGGACUGCAGAAGUUACGACCGGAUUCAGUUUUACAGUAGGAACAGAAAACACUUACAGUAGAGAAGAGACGGAGGAAAGAACCGAAACGAAAUCGUUUAAAAUAGUUGUUCCACCGCAGAAGAAAGUGGAUGUCCUUGUCACCAUAGGCAGGUGCAGUUUUGAUGUUCCUUACACCGGGACAAUGAAGGUCACGACUAAUGAUGGUGCUGUGUUAACAUAUGAAACCAGAGGACAACACAAAGGAGUCACUUACACUGAAAUAAGAGUAAACACCAAAGAAUAUGAUAUCCAAUAAAUUUCUUAAUUUGCUUAAUCAAUCUUUCUACAUUUAAUUGCACUGAAAAAAACUGAUUUAUUGAAUUUAAUCAAUUUAUUUAAGCUACAUUUAAUGUAUAAUAAUUUUUAAUAAUGUAUUAUGUAUAAAUGUAGCUUAAAUAAAUUGAUUGCAAACACUUACCUUAAAUUCAAUGAAUCAUUUUUUUUCAGUGUGCAGGGUUUCUGAGGUUUGAUUUCAAAAUGAAUAUUUUCAAGUUAAAAUUACUAAAGUUUUCUACUUUAAAUGAAAGAAUAAAUAAAUCAUCUGAAUAAUCAUUUAUUGCUUUUUGUUAUGCAAUUUCAUUAUUUUAAGAUGAUUUAUCACUUUAUUGGAGGGUUUCUGAGGUUUGAUUUCAAAAUGAAUAUUUUCAAGUUAAAAUUACUAAAGUUUUUUACUUUAAAUAAAGGAAUAAAUAAAUCACAUGUAUAAUCAUUUAUUGCUUUUUGUUAUGUGAUUUCUUUAUUUUAAGAUGAUUUAUCACUUUACUGUUAAUAAGCUGUGUAUAAUAAAAAC